AUGUAUCUUCUCUAUGAGGAGCCAAUCCACAAUCCCAGGCUAAAGAAAUACUGGUUGGAGGGUCACAAAUCUGGCACAGUAGAGCUUGUUGCUGACCUUCCAGGGUUUCCAGACAACAUAAGGCUCAACGAGAAAGGUCAGUUCUGGGUGGCAAUGGAUUGUUGUAGAACCCAAGCACAAGAGGUUUUUAUCCAAAACCCUUGGAUGAGGAGCAUAUACUUCCGGCUGCCGGUUCCGAUGCGCUAUUUGGCUAGGUUGGUGGGCAUGAGGAUGUACUCAGUCAUCUCACUCUUCAGUGAGAAGGGAGAGAUUUUGGAUGUUCUUGAAGACAAGAAGGGUGUAGUAAUGAAGCUAGUGAGUGAAGUAAGAGAGGAAAAUGGCAAGUUGUGGAUUGGAACUGUGGCUCAUAAUCACAUUGCCACCCUCCCUUACCCUUAG